AGAACUGUCAAUUUUGACGUUGACAGUGGGAGUCCGUCAAUAUUUUUCGGAAAUUGGGGAACUAAUUUUGUAAAAAAAUGUCUAUCGGGAAGAUAUUAGGGCUCGAUAAAGUAGCCACAUUCUUCAAUAUCAUCCGCCAGAAUGGAGGCAUUCGGAGUUCUUUAUACAAACUGUACAGGCAGGAUGAGUUGAAAGACGGCACGCUGGUCGGGGAGGACAGGUUCGGCAACAAAUACUACACCAACCCGCGCUACUUCUACGGCAGGAACCGCUGGGUCGAAUAUUCAGACAACUUCAACAUGAACUAUGACGGUAGUCAGGUUCCCCCUGAAUGGUUUGGAUGGCUGCAUUACAAAACCGAUCUACCUCCACACCAGGAUCCCCACCGCCCCAAAUACCCGUGGAUGUUGGAGCCACAAGAGAACAUGUCCGGGACAACAGGCCAGUACACCCCAUACAGCACCACCCGGCCGAAGGUGGAGCCCUGGGUGCCUCCGCGCAAGAACUCCCUAUAAAACAGUGUUGCCAGCAAAAUAAUGGCAUUAUUCCGAUGCUGACCUUACUAAACGGCUUAAAAAAAACUAAACUAAGAAUCAUCUGAAAUUUUGUCGAAACUAAAUUACAAUGCAUAAAUUAUAAAAUAAUCUAAAAGCUAGUGUAAGAUGAUCAAAACCUCAUUUUUCGUUUUACUUUUUUUUUCAUAAUAAGUACCAACGUCGUACAUAUACCAAACGCGUAGUAGAGAUCAGCAAGGAAUAAGAAUGAGCCAUUUAAGGUCAAAUAAUAAUUUAAAAAAAAAACUAAAAAGGCGCCAAAACAGUUUUGUUUGGCUCGAAGUCACUACAAUCAGUUCGAAAAUCAAAAGAGCUGAACGGCACGGCACACCUAUAAUUUGUACAUUGCUUAGUUUUAAGUAGAAAAAUGAAAUAAAUCUAUUUAAACAAUUAA